AUGGCGUACAAUCCUGAAACUAUGAGCUUUGAUGUGCCCGACACCGAUAUGGUGUACGUGUCUGGAUUGGCGGAAGGGACAACGGAGGAGAUGAUAGCGACACAUUUCGGCUCCAUCGGUCUUUUGAAACAGGACAAGAAAAAGGGCAAGCCCAAGAUAUGGCUGUACCGUGACAAAGCAACGAACGCAUUAAAAGGAGACGGGACGGUCUCAUAUGAGGAUCCUUUCUCAGCAGCGUCAGCCGUGCAGUGGUUUAACGGCAAGGAUUUCAACGGGUCGAUCCUGAAAGUCAGUCUGGCAGAGCGUCAAAAUGACAAGUAUGGAGGAGGCGGCGGCUAUGGUGGUGGAGGUAGCUACGGCGGUCGGGGUAGAGGGGGCGGCGGGGGCGGCGGCGGCGGCGGCAGCGGCUAUGGCCGGGACCGAGGUGGAGGUGGCAGGGACUAUGGAGGCGGAGGUGGAGGUAGCCGGGAUUACGGCGGCGGCGGCGGCGGAGGCCGGGACAGGGAUUACGGGGGCGGCAGCCGCGGCGGUGGCGGGGGCGGCGGCCGGGACAGGGAUUACGGGGGCGGUGGCAGCAGCCGCGGCGGCGGUGGUGGAUAUGACCGGCCGCCACGGGACGACUACCGUGGAGGCUCCCGGAACGAGGCGCCUCCGCCAAAUGCCUACCCACCUCCGGCUGCCUAUGCCCCGCAGCCUGCAUAUGCGCCAGCGCCUGCCUACCCUCCACAGGGCCAUGACCCCUACGCUGCCGGGGGUGGGGCAUACGACCCCUACCAGGCAGCGCCGCCCCCGCAGCAGUACGCCCAGGUGCAGCCCUACGAGCAGCCCGUCCAGCAGGCGCCUCCCCCAGCCGCAGGCCGUGGCGCCGGUGCGCCGCCUGCACCCAAAGAGCUGCGAGAGGGCGACUGGCCCUGCCCAGGCUGUGGCAACACCAACUUCUCCUUCAGGGGCAAAUGCAACCGCUGUGGCACGUCGAAGCCGGGCGGUGGCGGCGGCGGUGGCGGCUCUGCAGGUGGCGGCCGCGGAAGCGGAAGGGGCGCCGACAGCGGCCGGGGCGGGGGCCGCGUGACAGCCGCUCCCCAGGGCCCUCCAGGCAUGUUCAACGAGGGCGACUGGACAUGCAGCGGCUGUGGCAACACCAACUGGGCCAGGCGCAGCACCUGCAACAUGUGCAACCAGCCCAAGCCAGGCACCGUUGACACCAACCGCGAAGGCAACGCCGGCGGCUUCAAGGAGCUUGACGAAGCCGAGAUUGAGGAGGCGCGCCGCCGGCGCCAGCAACUCGAAAACGACGACUCUGAAAUGUACGACGAGUUUGGGCGGAUCAAGAAGAAGUUCCGCGGCACAGAGGCCGACAGGAAGGCUCGCGAGGAGGCCGCACUCGCACGCCUGCAUGGCACCUCUGGCUCUGGGGGUGAGCGCCAGCGCAGCCGCAGCCCUGCCGGCAGAGACAGGCGGUGA